AUACAUGACGCUUGCUUUAUGUGUAAGUAAAGUGAUUAUAUCGGCCAUGGAAGGACAUCAAUAUCUGACAUGACUGUUGGUGUGGCUCGGCUUCUACCUGAAAGGGGUAAAGAAUUGUUUUGAGUUAAUGGAUGCUUUGUUGCCGUGGUAACCAUUCAUUUAGAACAGGGAGCAUGCUUAAACAGGUUUAGAGGCUUAGUGAGUGUUGGAGAGUAUAGAUGAAACAAUCAGGAUAGCGUAAGCGAGAAGUGUCCGUGCUGCCCGACUCAGCCAUUUCAUUUGUAAUGAGUGUAUUUUAUCAAUAUUUAGUCAGCCCCACAGAGGCAAAUAAUACAAGAUUGUGUGUAGCGCAGAAAGCUUGUCUGUUAUGUAACCAGAUUGAGGACAUUAGUGGAAUAUGUAACAUGUAUGAAUAGAGUACAUUUGGUAGCUUUUGUGUAAAGGAUUUGCCCUUUAUAUUUGCUUAUCAACAAAGCUGGAUUGAGAAAACAAUAGCGGUCGUUGCUGUUGUGGUUGUUGUCUUAGGAGCUAAGGCAGAAGGCUGAAGUAUGGGUCUCUACAUAUUUAAUUGCUAUGGCAAGAUUAAGCUUGGAUGGGGCGAUCCCAUGUGCUGUGGUUGGGCUGUUGUACCCAGAAUGUUGCUAGAGUCCUUGGUUUAAUCUCUUUAUAAUUACUGGUCAACAGAGCUAUAUGAAAGAGCAUUGGUCUUCUGUGUUGAUCAUAUGAUUGAACACGCAACAAUAGCUCUUUCUGCCUCGGGGAGCUUUUUCUUUCAUAGCAACCUGUUCGGUGCAACCUCUGUCAAGACCUGUACUGACCAACAACUGCGCAUUUCCCAAGAUCACUUCUAUAACUGUACACACCUUGGGUGGCUCUACUUCCAUACGAGGAGUCUAAGUCAAGCAUUUAAAAAAAUAUUGCCUGCGCUAAUGUGUCUUCAUUGGGGGCAGACGACACACGGACUGCAGAAAUGCCUUUGCUCUAGACCCAAGCUCGAUGGCAGAAGUGCCUUGUGAACAGUCUUAAGCAGUUCGCCAUUGAGGCGGGUUGCCAUGUGACUCGAGGUCGAUGUAGCGUAGCAGACGAUCCCACAAAUGAGCGGGCAUUGACACAUUCCGGAACAUCAAAGCAAGGAGAGUAUUGGAUCAUUGCCUCGCAGCUCGGUGGCUGUCCAGUGUCUCACAUCUCACCAAGCGUCUCGAAAGGUUGAGUGCAUCAUGGCAGUUAGCUAAAGCUGAGGUGCGGCAGGAACGACAUCAUCAGCUGCAGGAGAAAUUGGCACUACAGUAUCAUCUACUGCAUCUCCAAGAUGAACUCAGCAAACAACGACGUGUUCGAGAAGAACAGCACCUUCACCAGCAAAAAAGAAAAUGACCGCAGCAAGAAGCAGGCUAAAGAGGAAGCUCUACUGGAGAUCUGCAAGCAGUCGUUAGCUGAUGACCGGAAGGCUGCAGCGAAACAGAGACGAACACCGAGAGAGAGCAGCUCCGAUGACGGUCGCCACACUCCAACGUCAGAGCAGCGUCGUCGCCAUCGCUCUCAUGUGUCAAGGUCGCCCACAUUGCCAAAGUCACCCAUGCGAGAGUUGGAAGUUGAGGAUGACGAUGAUGUUGACCUGAACCAAUCUGCAACAAGUUCUGACCUUGACUCGUUGCCAUGGCACCACCAACAACUGUAUCGUCUCUAUGGUGAAGAAGCAGAUUAUUUCAUCCACCCGAAAAUUGAGCCCAAGCCUGUUGUUGUCGUAUCACCGAAGCUGAAGAAACAUGAAGGUCACGUGGGAGCUGAGACGUUGUGGACCACAUUGAGAGGGGAAUCAGAGUCAAAACUCCUCAGAGAAGAUGGAAGAUUUCCUCACGUCCUCAAGGAUGCGUACAGCGCCUUUGUGCGGGAGUCACUCACCCUGGGCCAGAAGCCAGUAACACGGAACUACACUGCCACGGAUGAUGUGCCGGACAUGAAGAAGCUGCUGGACCAGAAGCUGCUGUACAACAUCCGCAAGUAUCGCCACAAGACCGGCCUGAUGUACCGCUCCUCCCAGGCCAACAAUGAUCGCACCAACAUCCUCCUCUUCAACAACCCACUCCCAGACAUCACCGACGGGGACAAGGACAACAUCGCCAGAUACAUGCCAUCAUGGGUGGAGAGUAUGUCAGAUACAUCGGAGCCAGCAUAUGUAAAAUGGUUGACAAGCAGAACUGAGAAGAUUCUGGCAGACGGCAACUCCGACGCUAGCCUCCAUCUCAAAGCAGAUGAAAAGGAGCGUGAGGAAUCACCCAUCCCGGCAGACUCCAUCCUGCCACCUCCUAGGCAGACGGACAGAGAGAAGUUCAAGCUUCAGUUCCUCACUGAGAAGGAUACUCAGGUCCCCGGAGAGUUUGCAAAGAAGUUCCGUGAGCAGAGAGAUCGAAAGGACCUGCCGACUGCUCACAGUCGUAUGCCAUCCGUCAAAGCUCAGUCCAGCUUGGGUUUCAUGGAGUCUCGGUUGUCGGAGCCUGAGGAGAGAGGUUCUUCUCAGGGACUACAGCGGUCUGUGACCAAUACAUCUAAACAGGACAUGAUUCGUCGCUUCACCUCAGACUGGCAGCCCCUCAGCAUGAAUGCUCUGGUGGAAUAUAAGAAAGAAAUGGCCACCGAGGGAGACGGCGAGUUUCAACAUGGCCGCAUGAAGAUGUGGCCAGUCGUCAUGUCAUCCUAAUCAAUGGACGCAAGUGGCCGUGAAUGGUCAUGACAAAUAUACAACGCAAACUGACAUUUUGACAUAAUAAGCUUGAUAAAAUCAUGACUGAAUGUUUAUACUGUAUCCAAUAUUCAUUAUCCCAGUAUUGUAUUCUAUAUUUUAGCAUUAUCAGCAAGUAUUAUUGAUGUGAUACAUAUAUCCAUGCUUAAGCCAUUUCUUAUCUAUUUCACUGCUUUGUUGCUAUAUACAUAUAGAAAUUGGUCGAUCCGAAAAUAAUU